UACGUGCGUUUCCCUUCGCUCAUCUCCCCCGUCAAAGCACCUGAAGGAGGGCGUCACUCCUAUUCGGGAUCUGUAUCGGGCUCCGAUUAGGGUUUGCGGAGGUGCCGCUCGGAUCUAUCGAUCUCGCUUCCAUGGCUCUGGAAUGGGUGGCGCUGGGCUACACGGCCGGCGCGGAGGCGAUCAUGCUGCUCUUCCUUACGCUCCCGGGCCUCGACAUUCUCCGCCGAGGGCUCGUCGCCGUCGUCCGCAGCGCCUUGAAGCCGCUCCUCGCGGUGGUGCCCUUCUGCCUCUUCCUCCUGGCCGACAUCUACUGGAAGUACGAGAUGCGGCCGACCUGCGAGCAGGAGCACGCGUGCUCCCCCUCCGAGCACGUCCGCCACCAGAAGUCCAUCAUGAAGAGCCAGCGCAACGCCCUCCUCAUCGCUGCCGCGCUCCUCCUCUACUGGCUCCUCUUCUCUGUCACUGGCCUUCUGGUCCGCAUCAACCAGCUCAACCAGCGCAUCGAGAAACUCAAAUGAACACGGCGAUUUUCAAAGUGCAGGCUUGGCCUUUCUAUCACUUCGAUUGUCAUCGCCCAAUUUCAAUAUUUUAAUGUUAAAAAUAUAGUUUUGAUCGCAUCCUGUUAUUGCUAAUCCAUGCAUCUUUUGAUAGUUAAGAUGGAAUGCUAUAGGAUCUUCGAAAAUAAUUGGAUGAUUGGCCUUUCUAUCACUUUGAUUGUUGUGGCCCAAUUCCAAUCUUUUGAUGUUAAAAAUAUAGUUUCGAUUGCAUUCUGCUAUUGUUAAUUCAUUCACCUUUUGAUAAUUAAGAUACUCUUUUACAAUAA